AUGGGUAGAUGCACAGGGGUUCAGUGGUAUUAUCAGAUUCAAUUCCUUCUAUUUGUAUUCUUGAUGGCAUACUCUUUUUACUUUGCCUCAAAAUUUGCAGAUGAUAAAUGCUAUGGAAAAAAGCAGGUUGAGAGCUGCCCUACAAGAAGGCUCUUACUCCCUUAUGAGCAAGCAAAAAAAAUUAUAUAUAAUGGUAUGAAAUUUAAAUAGUCAAAUUUGCAAGGAUUGGAAAGGUUUAAUAAAUUUGUAAAAUCUUACUUAUAUAUUAUAUUGUGCAUACUCUUUUUAGGUACAAGUGCAAGGGACAUACUGAUGGCCAGCUCCGUAUUCCAGACUUGGGAAAUAUAGAACUAGUCAUCAAUAUGACCCGUACACUUGUGUCCAAAAAGGGCCAAUACACAAUAUAUAUUUUUAUUAAAAAAUUUUUACUUGCUUGCAAUGAAUGGUUUAUCCCCCAAAAAAUAGACCAAAAAUAUAAAUUUUCUAAUGCUUUUGCUCUUUUUAAAGAGGGUGAGGAGUUAGAAUCAGGAAAUGGAAAUAAUACAGAUAUUGAUUUUUCUAAAUCUUCCAUCUCGUGAUUUAGUAAAAACUUUGCUCUCUAAAAAGGGGGUUAAUUUUUCCGAAAUAUAAAAAAAUCUCAAUUGGAAAGUAAAACUAGUGAGAGAUCUAUUGUAAUGGUUAUUAAAAUAUUUUUAUAAUUAAUUUUUGAUCGCUCACAGAGAGUUUUUCCAAAAGGAAUUUAUGCAGUGGAGAGUAAGGAAAAAUCAAUUUUCCUAGCUGAUGUCAGCUCAACCGAUUAUAAUUAUGCAGAUACUGUCAACCUUACCUAUUUUGACGAAAAUCACAGAUUUUUGGCAACUACAAACGUUACCGAUACAUCAACGAGCUAUACCGCAAUCGCAAUAGUUUUAGCUUUUAUCUAUAUCUCAGAAAUUGGCUUACUCUUUAUUCUUAUCUUAUUUUUAUAUUAUUUUUCAAACCUAGACAUCGCGAAAUUUGCAAAACUCGGGUGAUGCCAAAGGUGCGGAGGCAAAUUGUCCAAAUGUUUCCCUUAUCUCAUAGUUUUGGCUCAUUAUGCAGCUUUAAUUCUAGUUCUCGUCGAAAUUCUGCUUGUAUUUGGCCUUAAAAACUGUGAGCAAGCAAUGCAUAAUGACACAGCUAGCGGAGACUGCAAAAUUGGGCAGCUUCAAACUGAAGGAGAAGCAUAUGCAAUAGUUGUCGUGAUCUUAUGGGCCUGCAUGCACAUUAUUGGAGGGUUUAUAAGGCGAAAUGUGUACUAUGACUCUUUCUUUUACCAGCCAGAAGACAAGUCGAAGGUAUGGAAAAAUUGGUGUUUUGUUAAGUGCGGACCUUAA